AUGGAUAAUUCUGGAACCCAAUCAGAUGAAUUGCUUUGCCAGUCUUCUUUACCACCGGAUAAUGAUCUACAAGCCCCGGCAAACGAACAGGUGAAGCAGGAGCCCGUUGAAGAUCUCGACCGACUUACGGUCCCGGCGGCAAAGUAUUUGCGUCUUUGCUAUCUUCAUGCAGCGCCAUUUCUAAAACCUGACUCGUCUAGUCAAGACGCAAUAUGGGCGCUUGAAGAGUGGGCUAUGACUAUGUUUGAGGAGAUUGUAAAUGGCUAUGACAAGUCGGCAAGUCUCUCUUGUACAUCCCGAAGCAAACUUGAGCGUCAGCUAAACUUUGGGGGGUCGCCGUUCCAUUACCCAGCCGGAGCCCUAAAAGUAGCCGAACUCUCACACCUCGCACUCAAAGACGACGUUCCGACGACCAAAAGAGACAUAUUCUACAGCGACGUUGAGCUUUUUGGGAAGCAGUCUGUUUCUGACGCGGAGACGCUUAUACCAGUCGGAGAAGACAUAGUCAACGUCAAUAUAGACGAAGACCUUGCAACAGGCGAUAUUCCAAACCUUGGAAAGGGAUAUCCUGACCUCGCCACACGCCAGCUCGUGUCCGUAUUUUCCAGCGAACUCCCAGAAUGCAUCCCAAUCCUAUGCCUCGUAGACGCGGACCCGCAUGGAAUGGAUAUUCUUUCCGUCUACAAAUUCGGCUCUAAAACAUUGGUUCACGAAGAUGUGGCUGCGGAAAGGGUGCAGUGGAUAGGGGUCAAACGGGCAGAUAUCAAACGACUGGGCAUACCAUCCCUUGAGAUGCUAAAAACCACAUCGGCUGAUAUUCGUAAGGCUGAAAACAUGCUCCGUUCUCAAACGCUCCCGAGCGAAUGGGUAGAAGAGCUAGAGCAAAUGCUCCAAACCGGGACCAAGGCUGAAAUCGAGGUGAUCUCUGGUCGCGGAGAAGGUGCACUUGCACUUGUGAAGUAUGUUUGCGGAAAGAUCUUGGAAGCUCUUGCUUUGGACAGCGAGGACGGUAUGAUUGAACUCAGUGACCCAGAAGAUACGGAUAUCGUCAUCAAGGAAGAAGCUGAAGACUUGAUCGACUUGGAUGAUUUGGACGAUUUUUGA